CACGCGUGUGCGUGUGUGCAAACGCGCGUGUGCGUGUGCUCCCAGCUCCCUGGGCUGGCUGGCAGGAGGGACCCCCCUUCUCCAUCCCCCCGGAUCCGGAUCCGGCCCCAUUCCCCCCCUCCACUCCCCGCUUAUUUUUCCUGUUGUUUCGCGGGGUUGGGGCGGGGGCCGGGCGGGAUCCGGCCCCUUUGCCAACGGAGAUUUUGGGGGGGAUUAUUCGCCGUUUUCUGCCUGGUGGGAUUUUUUGCUGCAACCGAAAGAAGACGGGCACAAGGCAUGGCAUGAGCUUCGGGAGACAGGGCUGGAGAGAGAUCUGUGGAAGAUGUCGAACCCGAGAAACGGCGACACCAAGCCCCCAUGUUUGCCCCGCAAUGGACUGGUGAAGAUCCCCACGCAACCCAACGGCCUCGGCUCCGCCAGCAUCACCAAAGGCACCCCCGCCGUGAAAAACCGCCUGUGCCAGCCUUCCUCCGUGCCUGCCAUCCUCAGCCCGGCCUUAGCCCACCGCAGCGACCUGCCCAUCCCCAGCCUGGCCUCCCCGCUCUCCUUGGCCACUCUGGCCAGCGUCUCCUCCCCUCCCGGCGCUUCCUUGGUGGGACUGAACGCGAGCGAAGGCUCGGAGCAGCCCUCUCCAGAGCGGCUGCCGGGCUCGCCUUCGGAAAGGCAGCUGGCGGUGGACGAGAAGAUCCUCAACCGCUUGUUCUGGUACUUUUCGGCGUGCGAGAAGUGCGUGCUGGCGCAGGUGUGCAAGGCAUGGCGGCGGGUGCUCUACCAGCCCAAGUUCUGGGUGGGCUUGACGCCCGUCCUGCACACCAAAGAGCUCUACAACAUCCUGCCCGGUGGAGAGAAGGAGUUCGUCAGCCUGCAGGGCUUCGCUGUCCGCGGCUUCGACGGCUUCUGCCUCGUGGGCGUCUCCGACCUGGACAUUUGUGAGUUCAUUGACAACUACCCCCUCUCCAAGAAGGGGGUCAAGUCCAUGAGCCUUAAGAGGUCAACCAUCACAGAUGCGGGGUUGGAGGUGAUGCUGGAGCAGAUGCAGGGCGUGGUGCGGCUGGAGCUGUCGGGCUGCAACGACUUCACGGAGGCCGGGCUGUGGUCCAGCCUCAACGCCCGCAUCACGGCGCUGAGCGUCAGCGACUGCAUCAACGUGGCCGACGACGCCAUCGCCGCCAUCUCACAGCUCCUGCCCAACCUCACCGAGCUCAACCUGCAAGCCUACCACGUGACGGACACGGCGCUCGCCUACUUCACCGCCAAGCAGGGCUACACCACCCACACCCUGCGCCUCAACUCCUGCUGGGAGAUCACCAACCACGGCGUGGUCAACAUGGUCCACAGCCUGCCCAACCUGAGCGUCCUCAGCCUCUCGGGCUGCUCCAAGGUGACGGAUGAUGGCGUGGAGCUGGUGGCCGAGAACCUGCGGAAGCUGCGCAGCCUUGACCUGUCCUGGUGCCCUCGCAUCACCGACAUGGCCCUGGAGUACAUCGCCUGUGACCUGCACAAGCUGGAGGAGCUGGUGCUCGACAGGUGCGUGCGGAUCACUGACACCGGCCUCAGCUACCUGUCCACCAUGUCAUCCCUGCGGAGCCUCUACCUGCGCUGGUGCUGCCAGGUGCAGGAUUUUGGCCUGAAGCACCUCCUGGGCAUGGGCAGCCUGCGCCUCCUCUCCCUGGCCGGCUGCCCCUUGCUGACCACCACGGGGCUUUCGGGGCUAGUGCAGCUGCAGGAGCUGGAGGAGCUGGAACUCACCAACUGCCCCGGGGCCACCCCGGAGCUCUUCAAGUACUUCUCCCAGCACCUCCCGUGCUGCAUGGUGAUCGAGUAGCGCCGGACCCGGCCGCCCGCUCCCGCGCCCACCCCGGCCGCCAUCGCCCACCCCAUCUCCCUCCGGCUGCUGGGGGAUUCGAGAGACGCCCCCGAUUCCAACCGAGCCCGGACAUCCCCCGCAUCGACGCCCCCGAGGGACGCGGGGCUCCGGGGGGAGAUGGGGGAAGGCGUCGCCCCCGGCCGGAGCCCCCCCGGCUACCAUGUAAAUUCCCUCCCCCCCCGCCGCCGCCAUCGCCCGUGCUCCUCCCGGUGUCCUGCCAAUCCCUUCCGGACAGACGAACGGACAUCAUGGAAGCCCAAAUUGGGAAGGCGACGCUGUGUGCCCCCCCCUCCCCCCCGGCCGCAUCCUGCUUCCCCCGCCCCGGGGCCGAGCGGGCGCACGGCCCCGCCACCAAGGAUGCUCCUGGGGACCAAAGGAUGCUCCCAGGGAUGGGCGAGAGGAGGAUGCUUAUAUUUGGGUGGCGGCGGAGGCUGGAUGGGUCCCCUCAGGCCCCCGCAGGGGGUCACCGAGCUCAACCCCCCCCCCCGCCCCGUGCUGCGUGUCCCCUCCAGCCCCCCCAGCCCUGCCUUUGGGGCACUUUCUCCCGGUGAAUAGGAUGUCCCUCUCCGCCCGCCCGCCGCCCUCGCAUGCUCGCUUGCUUCAGUCUCGUGCUACGGCAGGUUUCGGGGUACCCGGGGGCACGGUGACAAGUGACAGCCCCCACUGAGCCCCUCCACGCGGCUUCGCCCCGGCCGGAUCCUGCCCCGGCAGCCGGGCUCUCCUGGCGAGCACCCCCCCCGCCGUCGCCCUGGGGACCCCACUGCACCCCGUGGGGCCGUGGGGGCGAUGCCAACGCCGAGGAGCGACCCAUCCGUCUGGGAUGGGACAUCCCGGGGGACCAGGGCCACGUCUGAGCCACCACGGUGACACCGGCAGCACAGAGAGACGACAGGAGGUGGCACCUAGGACACACUGCCACCGCCACCGCUCUUCCAGCUGAAAAGCCAUCGCCCCGAUGCCAGCGGCAAGCGGGGACCGGGGGGACCCCUGGGCUGAGCCGAGAUGGGACCGAGCCGGCUCGGGGCUGGGGUGCCCACGGGGACCCAGCGCGGGAGGGGCUCGGUGGCCGCCCCCGGGGCAUUGCCCGCCGCCACACCAGCCCUGGGAGGAGUGUGGGCAUGGAUAUGGCCAUGGACAUGGGCACGGACACGGGAUGGGCACGGACACGGACACGGACACGCUUUCGGUUUGUUUUGCCUUUGUACCGGCCGGGAAGGAACUGCUGCACCAAC